UCAAUUGUACUUUUUAAAUCGUAAUAUUCUUUAAAAAUGUUAUACAAAACAAAUUCUAUUGUUUUAAACUCUAUGUGUGUGUUAUUUUUUUUUGGAAAUGUUUGUGGAAAUACAAUUUUAAUUGGCAAAGAAGGAGUAACAGAUAUUUCACUGGUGUCAUUUUUUGAUGGUACAGUUCGUAACAUUGGUGCUGAGAUGAAAAUGGAUUUACACUGUUUUUACCCUCCAGAAAAAUAUUUACAGUGUGGUCCUGUAAAAAUGGUGACUUAUUCCCGCUUCAAUAAUAGCGAUUUAAACAAGUUUAAGGAUUUUGUAAAUAAGAAUGAAAUUUUUGCAGAAAUUUAUUUAAAUUAUAAUCCUGAUUUUAAUUUGAGAACAUCACCAAAGAUAAUAAAUAUUAAAAUGACGUUUGAUGAAAUUUUCAUUGUAUUAAAUAUCAAUAGAGGGAUUGGAAAUUAUUUCUUUUACAGCGAAAAUGAUAUUAAUAAUACGUUGCAGACAUUUAUCCGGGAGUUAGACCCAAGAAUUAAAUUCAAAGUAGUUAAAAUUUAUAGGGGUCAUCUUGAUAAUAAUACAUCUAUACUAAAUGAUACGGUUUAUGACGAAACAGCCAGGAAAUAUCUAGAAAAGUUUGAAAAUAUGUCGUUAUGGAAAUAUGUCAAAGAUGAUCUGAUUGAAUGGAAUUAUCCUAAACAUUCCUAUGUAACACUUGAAAAUUUCAUUAACAAUUCAACAACAUAUAAUGUAAAUGUUAAAUUCACUCUUAUAACGGUAUUGAAUAAAAUGAUUGAACGAACUAUUAAAUAUGUGCUUUUGCUAAUUGCAUAUGUGUAUGAGGCAUUGACAAUUAAUUAUCGUAUGAAAUCAUAUUGGAAUCGAUUUAUAGAAGUUUUGUACAAAUUGAAGGUUGCAGAAAUUAAUUUGAAGAAAUAUGAUGAAAUAGUGAAUAAAAUACAACAAGUGAAAGAAAAAUCUAGUCCUGUAGAUAAAAUGAGUGAAUUAAUACGAUUGUUAAAAGAAUGCACAAAACAUUUCUAUACGGCCGAAGAAUUUGAAAAAUUGGAUUUUGAAGAGACCGAAACUUCAAAGUCAAAAUAUUCGAAUACACACGUACUACCAGAAGAAGUAUUAAAUAAAGUAUUAAAAGGAUUUCCCAAACCUCAUCAAAAUGUUGAUUCAUACGAACUUCAUCUUAUACCAACAGAACUAGAUAACAUAAUAGAAAAAAUGAAUUUAAUUUUUGAAUUAAUUGACGUAGAAUACGAAAAUAUUUGUAGAAUAAGAUUCUGAUUUUGUUAAUUUUUUUUGUACAGAGUAAAUUUAUUCUGGUGUAUAUUCAUACUAUAUUUUUCAUUAAUUAAAGAAAACAAUGUAUUAGUAUUUAGACAUAAAAUAUUAUAUAUGA